AUGGAUGUACUCAAUAAAUUUCGCUCUACAGUCACGAGUACUAUGUCACAACUGUCUACAGUUCUACCGGGCAAUCCAGUUACUAGGGAGUAUGAAGCUACCAAACAUAUUGCAAGUGCUGGUGUUGGAUUACUUUGGAAAAUAUACAGUGGUUAUAAAAAGUCAACACAGCAACCUGCAUCUAUUUUUGUAUUAGAAAAGAGACUAUUAGAUAAAUGGUCAAAGACUGAACGAGAACACAUAAUAGAAGUUGUCAAAAAAGGUGUUGCCCAACUAGCCAGACUCAAACAUCCUCAAGUAUUAACUGUUCAACAUACUUUAGAAGAGUCUAGAGAAAGUUUGGCAUUUGCUACAGAACCUGUGUUUUGUAGUCUGGCUAAUGUCCUUGGUAAGAUGGAAAACACACCUCAGCCAGUGUCAAAAAAUCUACAAGAUUACAAUCUAUUUGAUAUUGAUAUCAAGUAUGGCCUAAUGCAACUUGGUCAAGGUCUUGCAUUUUUACAUAACGAUGCUAAGCUACUCCACCACAAUUUGUGCCCAGAAAAUGUUGUAAUUAAUGAACAAGGAGCAUGGAAAAUAUUUGGAUUUGAUUUCUGUUCUCAGAGUAUCAAUCCAGUAGAUCCAAAUCCCACAUGGCCAAGCUGGGAGUAUAAAGUAGAUGUCCAUCCAUGGGCACAACCAACUUUAGAUUAUUUAGCCCCUGAAUCGGGUUGUGAUCACAUCCAAAUUAAAGCCAAUGACAUGUAUUCCUUGGGAGUUUUAAUUUUUGCCAUCUAUAAUAAAGGAAAUGCACCAUUACAGUCAAAUCAUGAAUGGUCUAUUUAUAAACGGAAUUUACAAGAAAUGAAACAUAAUACACCAAAAAUAUCAAUUGUUGAUGCUGGUCUCCGAGAUCCAGUAAAAUUAUUAUUGAGUUUUAGACCUGAAGACAGACUUGAUGAACAUGAAUUUUUAAAAAUUGAAUUUUUUAAUGAUGUUGGAGUUAAAACAUUAAAUUAUUUAGAUUCACUUUUCCAAUGGGAUAAUUUACAGAAAUCCCAAUUUUAUAAAGGUUUACCUCAGAUAAUGGAAAAAUUACCUCACAGAAUUUGUCUAAACCGGAUUCUUCCGUGUCUUGUAAAAGACUGUGUUAAUCCUGUUAUGAUACCCUUUGUUUUGCCAAAUAUUUUUUAUGUCUGUGAAAACUGUACUAAAGAUGAGUUUGUUAACCAUAUUUUACCAUGCUUAAAGCCUAUAAUGAAAGUGCAUGAACCAGUUCAAGUUCCUUUCAUAUUCCUCCAAAAAAUGGAAUUAUUAUUAAAAUUAGCACCACUGGAAGAUCUCAAAUCUGAUAUAUUACCAAUGUUAUAUAAAACAUUGGAAUUGGAUUCAAAACCAGUUCAAGAAACAUGUCUAUCAGUGAUUCCAUCAUUAGCUACUCUCGUAGAAGGCCCUUCCAUGAAAAAUGCCUUAUUACCGAGGAUAAAAAGAUUAUGUUUGUCAACUUCUGAUCUCUCAGUUCGUGUAAAAUGUCUUGUUUGCAUUGGUAAAUUAAUUGAAUAUUUAGAUAGAUGGCUAGUACUUGACGAUAUUAUUCCAUUUUUACCUCAAAUACCUUCCAAGGAUCCAGCUGUGAUUAUGGGCAUUUUAGGUGUAUAUAGGAUUAUUCUUUCUCACAAAAAAAUGUAUAUUACAAAAGAAACUAUGGCCCUCAGUAUUUUACCUUUUUUAAUACCAAUGUGUAUUGAGAAUACACUAACGCUGAAUCAGUUCAAUGUUUUAAUAUCAAUUGUGAAAGAAAUGAUUAAUAGCGUUGAAACUGAUCAUCGUGCUAAAUUACAACAACUAAAUGAACAGCACAGAUCAAUUUCAAAUAGUUUAACUUUAGAAAAUGGAACAACAACAAAGCCAAAUGGUUUGACAAAUGAAUUUCAAUUUGAAAGUUAUGUUGAAAAAUCUUCAAUUCCAAUAUCUGGUUCCAAUGAAAUAACAAAUAAUUUAUCUUCCAACAAUGACAGAUCAAAGACAAACAAAUCUCAAGAUGUACCAUUCCGUACAUUUCAGCAAGACGUUACCCUUACUCCAAGUGUAGAGAAACUCAAUAAAAAUAAUCCAGUACCCAAGGAUCUCACUUCAUCUCUAAUUGAUUCAAAUAUAAAUCAAAUAAGUUGGUUAAAUCAGAUGAAACCUACCACAAGUUCAUUAUCUCAAUCAAAAUCAUUGGGAUUUGAAAAUAAAUCAACGAGUCUUCAAGGUAGACUUUCAGGAUUUGAAAACAAUUCAGUUAACCCACAAACUAAACCAAUGUCCCUUCAUAAUUCAGCAAAUAACUGGAAUGACUUAUGGAUAAAACAAGAAGAAACUCAGCCACAAGUUAAACAGUUGUCUUUAUCUGAUAUAAAUGAUUUAUUGAGCUGA